AUGGUCCUUCCAGGUGCCAGAACGGUGGUCCAUCCCAAAGCCCGCAUCAUAGCCGAGGCAGGACCCAUAGUCAUCGGAGAAGGCAACCUCAUAGAGGAACAAGCUCUCAUAAUUAACAGGUGAACAUAACAAUAGUGAAUCUUAUAGAAGUGGAAGGGUGCAAUGGUGUGGUCUCUCCUGUGUUCUAUUUACACUCUUUCUCCCCCUCUUCUACAUCCCUCCAUUCUCCCUUCUCUUUAUUUCUCCCUUCCUUCUAUUCUGUCUUUUCCUCACCUUUUCCUCUGCCAUAUAAUGGUCUCUUUUUCCUCUGCCAUAUAAUGGUCUCUUUUUCCUCUGCCAUAUUAUGGUCUCUUUUUCCUCUGCCAUAUUAUGGUCUCUUGUCCUCUGCCAUAUUAUGGUCUCUUUUUCCUCUGCCAUAUAUGGUCUCUUUUUCCUCUGCCAUAUUAUGGUCUCUUUUUCCUCUGCCAUAUUAUGGUCUCUUUUUCCUCUGCCAUAUUAUGGUCUCUUUUCCCUCUGCCAUAUUAUGGUCUGCAUUGUAGUGAUUGAAGCUGGUUGUCUGUCUUUGAUCAGUUAUCCAGAGAACAUUACACCUGACUCUGAGGGAGUGGAGCCCAAGACGAUGACCAUCGGCAUCAACAACGUGUUUGAAGUUGGAUGUAGUAUCCUUUAUAUUGAAGUGUGGUACACUGACCUAUAGGGUACAGCCACUGACCUGUAGGGUACAGCCACUGACCUAUAGGGUACAGCUAGGGUACAGCCACUGACCUGUAGGGUACAGCCACUGACCUAUAGGGUACAGCUAGGGUACAGCCUCUGACCUAUAGGGUACAGCCACUGACCUAUAGGGUACAGCUACUGACCUAUAGGGUACAGCCACCGACCUAUAGGGUACAGCUAGGGUACAGCCACUGACCUAUAGGGUACAGCCACGGACCUAUAGGGUACAGCCACUGACCUAUAGCAGCCUUUCGAAAGUAUGGAUCACGACCCAAAGUGUGUCGCGGACCUGUUAAUGGUGGGUCGCGACGUGUUAGAGUAAAUGUAUAAUUAUUAAAUGAAUUACUUGAAUUGAUUUGGCCAAGUGCAACUGCGCUCUCUGCUUAGCAGCGGUGUCAGUUUGGCAGCUGCGCGAGCGGGAGGGGUGACGUGUGUGCGCUUCGCGUUUUACCGGAUCCUUUUUCUGCAGUGUUGUUGAAGAUCACUCCGCGACCCAAACGCUGCAGCGCCGUGGUUCGGCAGCAGAUGAAGCGCUGUCAGCCAAUGACUUGUCAUUUCCACUGGCCGCUGUCUUCCAAUGGGAGUCGAGCUAGCCAUAAGUUCUGACUGGGCUCAAUCGUCAUGAAACGCAAAUACAGCGAUGAGUUUCUCUCUCUUGGUUUCAUACAAACUUUGAGAAAUAACGAGGAGCGCCCACAAUGUGUUUUGUGUGGGGAAGUGCUUAUUAAUGUGUCUCUCAAAACGAACAAAUUAAACGACACGUCCUGACCAAACAUCCACAGCAUGACCAGGAUUGCAGUUUGCCGUUUUCUCGCCAAAUUGGGCUACAUUGAAAACGAUGUUUGGGCUACUUCUAAAUUGCACCGCGGCCGCCAUGCAUUUCUCUUAAAAAAUAUAUAUAUAUUUAACUGUAACCUGCUGCUGCUGACUAUCAGGCAGUGAGCAGGUUGUUACUGAGUGAGUGAGUGAGUGAGUGAAUGAAGGAAGGGCCAGAGGGGUGUGUGCAUUGAGAGUGCUGCAGCAGAGACAGCUAUGUCAAGGAGCGCGCACAUCGUGACAACUUCUUACCGGUUGUAGGUAGGCUAUUUAGAUUGGUCAUUAUGGAGACACCCUUUUCCCAUAAAACAUAUUAACGCGCUAGAACUGAUAUAACGGAGGCAAAGCAUUGGAAAAUGACUUUUGGCGCACUAGUGCUCUUUAGAUAAGUUCGCUCAGAGGUGUUUUUAAAGUAAACUGCAUUCAAAUGUCGACUUUUCUUAUGGAUAACCUGUAUCAAGCGAAGGGUUUUACUCAUGCUCAGUUCUAGGCUCUGGAGCGCUGCGCGACUGGACAUUUGAAAUGGAAGUUAUGGAACUCCCUCGCGUAGUUCUGUUAUGGGGAAAAAUAGGAAGUUAUCAAUUGUGAUCAUGGUCACAGCGCUAUCGCGAAUGUAUCAUUCUCCACAUGUAAUGUCAGUUUCAUUGUGGAAUUUUCCCUGAAAUUAGAUGUUGGCCUUUCAGGGGCUAUAGGCUACCAGCAUCUAGCUCAGCAGACCAUGGCAAACCCAGAUUUUAGUCAGUAGGCCUAUGCCUAUUGAAAUAACAAGUAAAUCUCGCAAAUAGGCCGUUUUAUAACGGUUUGUAGUCUUAACAUCUGGCAAAUUGACGGGAAACAGCCUAACAUUCGUUUUUUUGAAGUUCAUCCAAGUGUUUCUUGCACAGAGAUUGAGAUCAGCUGUCGAACUUUCAUCACUCAAACUCUCCUGUUGGAUUUAUCUAUAGUUAUCCACAAUUGGGAUUUAUUUACAAUUUUAAACUGGGUGGUUUGAGCCCUGAAUGUUGAUUGGUUGAAAGCCAUGCUAUAUCAGACUGUGUACCAUGGGAAUGACAAAAAAAAUCACUUUUUACUAUUCUAAUUACAUUGUUAACCAGUUAAUAAUAGCAAUAAGGCUCCUCAGGGGUUUGUGGUAUAUGACCAAUAUACCACAGAUAAGGGCUAUGUCCAAAGAACAGCCACUAGCCGUGAUAUAUUGGUCAUAUACCACACCUCCUAGGGCCUUAUUGUUUAAUCAUAGCAGUCAAAACAAGGUAAAUCGACAUCCACUGAUAGAAAAUGAUCUGGAGAGUUUAAUAAAGGGGCUGUUUAUCUUUUGUCUUGCGACAUAUUCUUAAACUUACAAUCAUUAUUAUUUUGAUGGAAAAACAAAUUUAGCUUCUUAGCCUACGUCGUUAAAAAUUAGGUAGAUAUUCCUUCUUAAUUGCUCGAUAACGUUGUGGGAAAAGGGUUUCAUGGAUAAAUGUGGCAACUCCUCUCUUUCUGCGAACAAUUUUUGGGGGGGGGGGUUUCUGGGUUGUGGUAUGCAUAAUUUGCCUAGAAAUCUUAGCUGGACCUGGCAACACUGAGCAUGACGGUAAACCCAGGGAGUUCUUUCAGAACAGGGCAGAGUGCUUCAGGAAACAGCGCUUCGACAGUGGAAAAGUAAGUCAGCUAGCAAAGCAUUGUCGUCAUUUUUAUAACAGGUGAUAAGCAGCAAUAAGGGAGGACUAUCUCUCAUAGUAGCAGAUGUGAGUUUCUCUUUCAAACAAUUCCCUUUACCCAGCUAAUAGCUAGAUAGCAAACGUUAGCCAACGCAAGCUAGCUAACUACUGAUAGUGAAACCUUAAGUAACAGUACAGAUGAAGAUGAAACAUGAUCAGGCUUACUGUAGAAAUUAUUGGUGAAAACAAGUCUAGGUUGGAACUAUUGCUGUUAAAAUACAAGUAAUCAUUUGUUUUAUUCUGAACUGGAAUAAACUGAUUGAAGCAAGAUGCUUUUUGAGGCAAACCCACUCACACAGUUCUGGGUUGCUCGUCUACAGCAGGAAGCGGUCUCCUGCCUGGCUGAGAAAGCAGUAGAUGUUCUGAUCCAGUUUGGCACCACAUACCUAUGCCAGUCAGGGUUCUCAACUCUGGCGUACUUAAAAAAAACAAGUACAGAAACAGACUCCAUGCUGAGCAUGACCUCAGGGUUGCACUGUCAAAAACGGAGCUCAGAAUAGACAUGCUUGUUGAAGCUUCAACCAGCCACACACCUCUCAUUAGGACUGUGUGUGUGUGUGUGUGUGUGUUUUCUGGUCUACAUCUGUGUGAUGUGAUCAAUCAGUUUAUUACCCAGUUCAGAAUGAAAAUGAUUACUUUUAUUUUAACAGCAAUAGUUCCAACCUAGACAUAUAUGUAAGAGUGUUUUGAAUGGGAGAAAAUAAACAUGAAUAGCUAUUUAUAUUAUUAUAUUUCAUUUGUUUUAGGCUGGUAUAAGGGCAAUGAAAUGUACCGAUUAUUUAUGUAUAGUUGCAUGUUUUCAUAAGCUUGGGUCCCAGGAAAACACAGAAUUUCUAAUUUGGGUCCCAGGCUGAAACAGUUUAAGAACCACUGACCUAUAGGGUACAGCCACUGACCUAUAGGGUACAGCCACUGACCUAUAGGGUACAGCCACUGACCUAUAGGCUACAGCCACUGACCUAUAGGGUACAGCUACUGACCUGUAGGGUACAGCCACUGACCUGUAGGGUACAGCCACUGACCUAUAGGGUACAGCUACUGACCUAUAGGGUACAGCUACUGACCUGUAGGGUACAGCCACUGACCUAUAGGGUACAGAUAUUAGGACAUUUGACCUCUGUCUAAUAUUCCAUACCUGUAUGUGUGUAUAUUGUUGCUCUGAAAGUCAUCAUUUACAUUUACGUCAUUUAGCAGACGCUCUUAUCCAGAGAGACUUACACAUUGGUGCAUUCACCUUAUAGCCAGUGGGAUAACCACUUUACAAUAUGUUUUUUUUUUUCUUUGGGGUGGGGUAAGGAGGGGUAGAAGGAUUACUUUAUCCUAUCCCAGAUAUUCCUUAAAGAGGUGGGGUUUCAAGUGUCUCCGGAAGUAUGAAACUGUCCUUAACCAAUGAUACUUGCAGUGUCUCAAGCUUUGAAAAUUGGUGACAACAAUGUCAUAGAAUCCAAAGGUAAGAAAGGUUAAAAUGCCUCAAAUUCAGUAAUGACUGUCUCCCAGUGUUGUAUAUGACUGGGUGUGCCUGUGUUGAUUGUUUUUUUAAAAAAAUCACUUAUGGGGAGAAUCCCUUCCAUCAUCUAAACUGUGUCCCCCCCCUCUCCAGCUGACCUGGGCAGGAACAUGAUUCUGACCUCUGGUUGUAUCAUCGGAGCCUGUUGCCAGGUCAACACCUGUGAGGUCAUACCUGAAAACACUGUCAUCUUCGGCUCGGGGUGUCAGAGACGUGUGCAGACCGAGCGACCACAGGUACACACACACACACACACAGGCUGAGAUUAGUGUUGUACAGAUCUGUGUGUAUAAAACAUGUACAUACAGUCUAUGUAGCUCUGUCUUUCACCACGUUUACCAAAGAACCACUCCAUCCUCAUUAGCAGGGAAGAACAACGUGUCUUUGUGUGUUCAUGUGUUCUGCAGCCCCAGACUCUGCAGCUUGACUUCCUGAUGAAGAUCCUCCCCAACUACCACCACCUGAAGAAGACUGUCAAAACCUCCUCCGCUGCCACGCCGGCUAAAAACUAACCUCCUCCG